AUGACAUCCGUUCCUGAAUCAUCUUCAUCUCAUGAAACAAUAUCUUCUAAAUUGAACGUUAAUAAUUUCGGAAGAUAUUCAAUUAUAUGGCUUGAUAAUUCAAUCAAUAGCCAGAACAAUAUAGAUACUCGAAAAAAAAUUCAAUCAUCAAUCAACUAUUUACAAAUAUUCGAAAAACUUGAUGAAUGUAAAAAAUAUAUUCAAUCAGUUUCUUCAAAACAUCGAAUUAUCUUAAUUGUCAGUGAUUAUUUUGGUCAACAAUUAAUACCUGAAAUUCAAGAUCUUCCACAAGUUUUUUCAAUUUAUAUAUUUUGUGCAAAUGAGCAAUGCCAUUAUCAAUGGAGUAAACAAUAUCAGAAAGUAAAAAGUGUUCAUAAUCAAUUAGAUGAUGUGAUCGAUAGAAUACGAUCUGAUCAAUCAAGAAGAAAACAAGAUAAACCUGAUGAACCAUUAUCAAUCAGUAUUUGCAAUUCAAAUAAAAAUUCUGAAAAAUCUACAACUGAACUUGAUGGUCAAUUUGUUCAGUCACAACUAUUAAUUGCUUGUCUCCUUAAAAUGAAAACUACUUCAACAGAUAAAAAUGAAUUUAUCUCAGAAUGUCGAAAAACCUAUAAAGAUAAUAAGGCACAACUUAUAUAUAUUGAUGAAUUCGAACGCGAAUAUGAACCAGAAUAUGCAUUAUGGUGGUAUACGAGAGAAACAUUUCUGUAUCGUUUAUUAAAUAAAGCACUUCGUGCUCAAAAUAUUGAUUUACUCUAUCUCUUUGGUUUUUUUAUUCGUGAUCUUGAACAAGAACUGCAAAACCGUCGAUAUAUGUCACCUAUUCAUGUGUAUCGUGGUCAGUUGAUGUCUACUGAAGAACUAAAUUUAUUGAAAGAUUCAAAAGAUAAAUUAAUAUCGGUGAAUUCAUUUCUUUCAACUACAUUUAGUCUUAAAAUGGCUGAGGUGUAUCUCGAUUCAUCGAAUAAUGAUAAUAUGUUUCAAAAAGUUUUAUUUGAAAUAUGUGCUGAUCCUCGUCAAGAUGAUAUAAAACCAUUUGUUGAUCUUUCACAAAUCAGUUUGUUUCCUGACGAAGAAGAAAUAUUAAUGAUGUUAGGAUCAGUCUUUCGUCUGACAGAUAUUCAUCUUGAUGAUAAUAAUAAUAUAUGGCAUAUUAAAAUGAAUUUAUGUAGUGAUAAUGAUUGUGAUUUACAAAAAACUUUUUUUCAUAUGAAAAAUCAAUAUGGUUUGAGCAAUACUCGAUUAACUUUAUUUGCAAGUGUUCUUAUCGAUAUGGCUAAUUUCGAUGAUGCUGAGAAAUAUUUAGGUCGAUUAUUACAACAAAUAUCUUCUCAAGAUAGACAUAUUUAUAAAUGCUAUCAUGCCCUUGGAAAAGUAUUAUUUGAAAAAGGAGAUUAUAAUUCAAGUUUAGAUUAUCUUACGCAAUCUCUUGAAAUUCUACAAAACUUUAAGUCAAAUAAACCUCAAACUGCAUACAUUUAUAACAAUAUUGGUGAAGUUUAUCUAAGGAAAGGUGAAAUCAAAUUAGCAUUACAAUCAUUUGAAAAAGCAUUGGACAUUUUCAAGGAGACAUUCACCGAUGAUAAGGAAAAUAUUGCUUGGUGCUACAAUAAUUUAGGUAUAAUCUGUCUAGAACAGAAGAAUUAUUCUGAAGCAUUGAAUUAUCUUAUGAAAGCAUUGAAUAUUAAACAGAAAAUACUUCCUGAUGGACAUCCUUGUUUGGGUAAUACAUACAAUAAUAUUGGUAAUAUACAUUAUUAUUGUCAUGAAUAUGAUCAAGCACUAGAAAAAUAUAAGUUAUCCUAUGAAAUUUUUAAAAAAUCCCUUACUCCUCGACAUCCUUCAUUUGCAAGAGUACUCAAAAAUAUAGGUGUUGCUUAUGAAGCUAAAAGGGAUUUAAUUGAAGCAAAAAAAAAUUACGAAGAAGCAUACUAUAUUCGUAAACAUAAUCUAGCUUCAUCACAUCCUGAUUUUAUUGAAAUUGAAAGUGAUAUUAAACGUGUAUCACUAAACAUAAAAUAA